AUGACUUUCGAUUUGUCGUCGAGGUGGCGCAACCGAAAUGACUCGAACGAUGGUGCGUGGCAUUUAAAAAAUAGGGUGGAGCGGUCUGAAUUGAUUUCUCGCCUGAUCGUCGGCGGGACCGACGCCACCGUGACGCAGUUCCCGUUUUUCGCCACCGUCAUUUACGCGAGCACCAAGUGCGGAGGCUCGUUGAUCACCACCCAGUGGGUCCUGACGGCGGCCGAAUGCAUAGGGCGCACUGCCACCUCUCACCAGGUGGUGCUCGGCAACGUGGAGGGGUCGACGCCAUACUCAACGGGUGCCGUCACCGUCAACGCCAUCAGUACCAUCAUCCACGAGCUGUGGGACGCCAACACCUUCCAAAACGACAUGGCGCUCAUUCAAAUACCCCCUGUCACCUUGACACCCAAUAUUAAGCUGGCGACCCUCGCGCCUGCCACUGAAGCCGGGAACAAUUUUGACGGCACACUAGCCACGAUCAUGGGAUUUGAAGGGAACAACAAUGGAGGUGCGACCAUGCAGUUUGCUCAAAUGCUUGUCAACGACGGAUCUCAGUGUACAUCAAAUGUUGGUGGUGGACUUUAUACCACUUCGAACCUCUGCGCUAAAUACCCAACCAUCUCAACGGGGCUUUGUUGGAUACGUGAAGUGGGCGAUCCACUGGUGUACGUCGAUGCUAGCAACUCUACUGUGCAAAUUGGCAUCACCAUAAAUAUUAAUGGGAACCCGUGUUUAGGGAAGCCCGUACUCUUCUCGCGAAUCGCUUCCUUUCGAACCUGGAUUACAGGAAAAAUCUCACUGGCCUCCAUAUCAUCAACCGCAGUAGCAUCAACUACUGCAGUAACGACGAGUACAGUAUUACCUUUGAAUACAACACCCAGAAUCUCCGCAACCUCAACAUCAAUCGUUGAAGCUUCAACACCCGUGGCUUCAUUAACCACAAUAUCAAUUGACACAUCGACGGCAUCUUCAGCUGUGAAAACCACAGAAGUAACAACAUCUUUAGCUGCACACGCAACAUUAUCAACUACAGCGCCCACUUCUGCACUCUCUACGUUAACAUACUCAACGUCUACAACAACGGAAGUACCAAGCAUAACAACAUCAAAUUAUGCGCAGACAACUUCAGAACCUGGAAACACAACAUCUGCAAUAUCCGCAAUCUCAACAUCAACUACCGUGGCUAGAAUAACUACAACAACAUUAACCGACGCAACUUCAGCCGCAGCUGUCACGACACCAACUGCAUCCAAAAGCCCGACAGCAACAUUAGAACCAAAUUAUUCGACUCACACGAUUACCGCAGGACCAACAAAUGCAUUUUCAACUUCAAUAUUAACUGCUGAGGCAACCACAACAUCCGAUGCAGGAACAACAAAACCAGAACCCACAUCCACGGAUUCUACUAUAAAAAACUCAAGAUUUACCGAAGAAACCACCCUAUCAUUAAACACAGGAUCAACACGUCUAUCUCCAGAAAACUCAGCCACAAUAUCAAUUUCAACAUCCUCAACAACUGAAGUACCAAGCAUAACAAUAUCAAAUUAUGCGCAGACAACUUCAGAACCUGGAAACACAACACCUAAAGUAUCCACAAUCUCCACAUCAGCUAAAGCAUCAACUACCGUGGCUAGAAUAACUACAACAAUAUUAACCGACACAACUUCAGCCGCAGCUGUCACGACACCAACUGCAUCCAAAAGCCCAACAUCAACUUUAGAACCAAAUAAUUUGACUCACACGAUUACUGCAGGACCAACAAAUGCGUUUUCAACAACAAUAUUGACUGCUGAGGCAACCGAAACAUCCAAUGCAGAAACAACAAAACCAGAACCCACAUCCACGGAUUCUACUAUAAAAAAUUCAAGAUUUACCGAAGAAACCACCCUAUCAUUAAACACAGGAUCAACAAAUCUAUCAACAGAAAACUCAGCCACAACAUCAAUUGCAACAUCCUCAACAACUGAACUACCAGGCAUAACAAUAUCAAAUUAUGCGCAGACAACUUCAGAACCUGGAAACACAACACCUAAAGUAUCCGCAAUCUCCACAUCAGUUAAAGCAUCAACUACCGUGGCUAGAAUAACUACAACAAUAUUAACCGACACAACUUCAGCCGCAGCUGUCACGACACCAACUGCAUCCAAAAGCCCGAUAUCAACUUUAGAGCCAAAUAAUUUGACUCACACGAUUACUGCAGGACCAACAAACGCAUUUUCAACAACAAUAUUGACUGCUGAGGCAACCACAGCAUCCGAUGCAGGAACAACUAAACCAGAAAUCACCAUCACGAAUUCUACUAUAAAAGCAUCAAGAUUAACCGAAGAAACCAAUCCACCAUUAAACACAGGAUCAACAAGUCUAUUUCCAGAAAACUCAGCCUCAGCACCAAUUGCAUCGUCGACAAAAACUGAAGCACAAAUAAUUACAGCAACAAACAAAACACCAACAACUGCAGCAUCUUCAAAUAACACUUCACCGGCAGUAUCCACAACUUCAAAAUCAGUUGAAGUAUUAACUACCGUGGCUAAAUUAACCACAAUUACAACGGACAUAUCGACAACUGCAGCUCUUGCAGUACCGACAUUUGCAGCAUCAAAAAGUCAAACAUCAACUUCAGAACUGAAUGAUUCAACUCCUACAAUCACUGCAGGACCAACUACAACAUUGACUGUAGCAACCACAACCAAGAAGAAUUCUACCGUGGAACCCACAAGAUUAACUGAAUUAUCCACUCCUUCGUCAAAUACAGGAUCGACAACUCAAUCUUCAGGAAUCUCUACCUUAACAUCAAAUGCAGGAACCACAUUAUCAACUACUGAUCUAACAACCGUAAUAAGCUCAGCAUUGACUUCUACACCAAAUACAUUAAGUACAAUAGGACCGAUCAUUGUAGUACCUUCAACAUCGUCUAUAGCACCAACAAAUAAUGCAGACACCACAACCAUGAAUUCAGCCCCCAAUACAUCAACACCACCUGAAAAGAGAUCCCCCAUAACUUUGACUGUAGCAACUAGGGCUGAAAACAAUUCAUCAACUCCAGCUCUUACAACAUCAUCUGCAACAUCCAAAAGAUCAACAUCAACGAGAGUGCUAACAAAAGAGACACCCUUAACAAAUGAACCAAAAACUGUAGCUUCCACAACCUCAACAAUUAACGAAAUAACAGCAAAUACAUCACACACAAUUUCAUCUACAACACCUAGGGUAACAACCUCACCAUCAAAUGAAGCAAAAACAACAACAACACCUAUAGAACGUACUGCAUUGACGACACCUACAACCUCAACUGCUGGGAAGCUGACUACUAUAUCAUCCACAAGAACAACUUUUAAACCGAAGGCCACAACAAAAAAUGAACCACAAAAAACCACAACAACAACAACUUGCGGACCAAGAGCAUCAACAACCCCAGCUAAUACAAAGACAACUGUGAUGAAUACAGCAAUUUCCUCAACAGCAACCACAUCUGCGCUUAUCAUGACAGCAACAGUUCCAACCACACACAAAACUUUAAGAACUAUGAUUACAACGUCAUCUUCUGAUUUGAUACCGACGACUGCAGCAACUGCAACAACCACCAUUGCAAGUUCAGUUGAUUCUACAAUCAGCGCAACAACUAAUUCGCCCUCUACCAUGUCAACCACAACAACUGUCCAAUAUGUAACGGUUCCUGCACUUCAACCAAGAAAAUGCAUGUCUAGGCGUUACGUGGGGAUGUUUAGCUGCUGCUCUAAACGUCCAGAAACUUUGGUUCCUUUCAACAUUUUUGAUAAAACUUGUCUGGUGACGAAAGGCGCCUUGAAAUCGUUCAACAUUUUCACUCUGAAUAAGAAGCAACGUUUCUACAACUCGCCGCCAAACUCGAUUCUGUUUCAAACCAAAAAGGUCAAAAGGGCCUUUGGAAGGAAAGCAUGCUUCGUGAAUUGUUACUUGAUUUCAAAGGGAGUCAUGUCACCAAACUACGUUAUUGAUAAGAUCAAGCUGACCGACUUACUGACUGCCUCGCAAACCGAUGGAACGUGGAGAUCGACAAUCGCAUCAGCGAUAUCCACCUGUAUUCCAACAGUUGAAAAAUUAAAUGUGCCCAACUUUAUUACGGCAAAAUCCACUUGCCCUGGAAAAGCGUUCAUUAUUGUGCAAUGCGUCCUCCUUGAGAUAAUCAACAGUUGUCCUAGCAAAGUAGUGAGCAGAACAUGCCAAAAACAUUACAGCUUGUUCAGCAGGUGCUACAAAAAUAUUUUGGCUCCACAAUCUGCAAAUGGCUUGAAAAAGCGCAAGAAAGUUUCAAAGAUCAAGAAGGUGAUCAAGAAGAAAAAUGCUGGGUUUGUCAAUGAGGAAGCAGGGUAUAAAGAUAAGAAUCGAAAAGAGGUAAAUAAAAUUAAGAAGAGGCAAAAGGGAGGGAAGACGAGUGUACUGAAAAAUGAUGACGAGAAAAAGAAGCCUAAGAAUGCAACGUUGGAGGUACAGAGGAAAAAGGAGAAAACGAAAAAAUUGCUAAAGGGAAAAGUGGAAAUUGGACAAAAAGGGGCAGAGAAAGGCAAUAAAGAAAACAAAGAGAUUGGAGAGAAGAAGCAGAAAAAUAAUAAUGGUGUGGAAACUGUGGAAAGAAAGGGUGAAGAGAAAUUGGUAACAAAGGUGGUGAAAAGACUGAAGGAGAGGGUAAGCAAGAAGAAAGUAUCAGUGGCGAAACAAGAAAAAUAUGCUCAGGUUAGAAGAAAAGAGAGAGAAAAGAAAGAAAGAGAAACAGGAGAUGAAAUAAUGAAAAAAGAGGAUAAAAACAAAAUAAGUGAUAAUGAUAAGGAAAUUAUGAAGUUGAAAAGGAAGAAAAAGGCAAAGAAAAACGUUGGAAAAAAGAACAUAAAAACGGAGGGAAAUGUAGCAAGGGAAAAGAAUCCAGAAAAAGUGGUAAACGUUUCCAAUGGAAAAGAAAUGAAGCAAAAGAAAGAAAGGGGAAGUAAACAGCCGCAAGAGCGAAAUAAGGAAAAGACGCAUGGAUUGAAAAAGGAAAAAAAGGGGACGAGUGGAUUUAAAAGGGCAAACGGUUUCAACGAUAAGAAAGAAGGAAUAAAAACCAAUUGGCAAAUGUAUCGCCGUUGAGAUGGUGUUUUGCCUGCAGAAGAAGACCAGCCGCAGGCACCUAUCGUAAUGUCAUCGACAAUUCAUUUGAGAAUUUUUUCGAAAAUUAUUUCCGUAAUACGAAAACUUAAUUUAUAAGAUCCCAUUAUUUGUAAAAUUUAUUAUUUAAAUAUCUUGAUAAAUUGAAAAUUGGUCAUGGCGUAUAUAAAUUAGAAAAUUUGUAUUUUUUUAGGCAAGAUGACCUGUUUCAUGAUGUUUGAUUGUUUGCUAUAUAAUUUAAUAACUUUGA